GGGACAUCCGCGCACCUCGACAGCAGCAGCUGGUGCAGCCGAGGAGGCUACUUUGUUAAAGCGGAGCCACCGGAGAGAAAACGAGGGAGCUGAGUCUCUUGAAAAAAGUGGGAACAGUUUGGGGGUAACGGCUCAACCAAACGCCUGUUGCCGGGAUUUGGCGGUGGCAGCUGUUGUAUGAACUUGGCAGCGGAUUUGAACGGUGUGUUUUCACCGAUAAAAAGAGGUUUUUCUCAAAGUUGAGCCGAAGAGGAGUUCUCUCAUUCAGGAUGUCGGACUGAGACAAAGGGGUCUGGGGGGGCAUGCCUGUCGGAGCGCAGGUAAAAGAUUCUGGAAGUCUCCUCUGGAUGGGAAAGAUGGAGAGGGAGUUGCAGUGGUGGAAAGGACAGCUGGCUGCAGAUAUCCAUCAGUCCCUCCGCAUCAAAGAGCUGAAGUUACCGGUUUUCCGGGCCCACUCUCCACAGAUUGGCAUGCGACGGUACUUUGCAGACUUGUUGGCCAUCCUCAGUAAUCGCUACCAGCUAUGCCCUACAGCACGUCACCUGGCCAUCUACCUACUGGACUUAUUCAUGGACCACUAUGAUGUGGCUGUCAAACAGCUCUAUGUGAUUGCCCUCUCCUGUCUGCUCCUAGCAAGUAAAUUUGAGGAGAAAGAGGACCGGGUUCCCAAACUGGAGCAGCUCAACUCUCUGGGCUUUAUGUGCAGCCUGAAUCUGGUUCUCAACAAGAGGGAUCUGAUCAAAAUGGAGCUUCUGCUGCUGGAGACCUUUGGCUGGAAUCUGUGCAUGCCCACACCCGCCCACUUCAUUGACUACUACCUCCAUGCCUCGGUGCAGGAGGGCGACCUGUACAACGGCUGGCCUCUUUCCUCCCUCUCCAAGACCAAGGCUUUCAUGGACAAAUACACUCACUACUUCCUGGAAGUCUCACUGCAAGACCAUGCCUUCCUGAGUUUCCGACCAUCCCAGGUUGCAGCUGCGUGUGUGGCAGCAUCUCGCAUUUGCCUUCAGAUUUCCCCAAGCUGGACGACAACUCUGCAUCUGCUAACAGGCUACACGUGGGACCACCUCACCCAGUGCAUUGAACUUAUGCUGCUUGCUCAUGACAACGACGUUAAGGAGGCCAACAAAACCAAGUCCACUCCUCCUCACCGACCCUCCUCUCUGCAGUCUCAGCCCCAGACCUCUCACCUCUCUCCAGUGUCAGUCAUCCAGAGACCAGCCUCUUCCUCCACCUCCUCCACACCACAGCUGCUCUUUCAACCCGAUGGGUUCCCACACCUUUCUCAACAUUCCCCGUCCCUGUCCCAGCUGCAAGCGCUAGCUGACUCCCAAGCUUUGGGGCCUGUGGUGAACGUGUCUCAGGAUUUUCUUCAGGGCCAAACGGUGGGUCUGUUAACCGGGGCUUCUUCUAUGACUCCUGCAGGUGGGUUCCCCCCCUACCCCAACCUGUCCUCUGGUCUCCAGCCAGGGGCUCGUGCGCUGCCGCUCCAGGGACCAAUUUCUGUGCAGAUGGCCCUCACCGGAGAGCCGCGACACUGUCUGAGUAUGGCCUACAGCAGGGGCUACCUGGGGGCUCAUCACACGUUCACAGCUGGCUGCUUUGACAGGUGACGCCAGGAGACGGAGAGGGAACACAAACCCCUGCAAGAGUGCACUGCUGUGCUUCCGUCCCAGCUCCCUACCCCAAAACGUCCACUUUCAGACCUCUCUCUCUCCGUCAGCAUCGCAACACCUUCAGCUCGUCCCACUCCCCCUUCCCUCUCACAGAGACACCUCAAACGCAAGCAGAGGUCCAAAGGAAAGACAGACCCGGUGGAAGUCAUCACGCUGACGUGACAACUGCUCCACUGACUCGUAUGAAAUCCUAAGGCACUGCAAAAAUGUUAUUGCCAUAUUCUGAACUGGUUUUAUAAAUCUGUGUUAUAUGAGACUGUCAUCACUGUGAAUGAGAUGAAAGCAGCAGCGUGGUCUAACACCCACCUCAUUCAGUGCCUGUUCUCAGUUGUGUGAUAGCUGAGCCAAUUUUAGAAGUGCACAGAACACAAAAGUAUCUGUGAUAAGGAUAUCUUGCUUCUUGACACAUUUUUGUUAUUCUCUCCAAUUCCAAAAUAUGAACACAUUUAGAGAGGAAGAUUUGGGUUUGUUUCGUGAGCCACGAGAGAGAGAGAAGAAACAGAGGCUUGUUGCAGACUUGGCAGAAAACAGCAAAGCUAUGUAUGGUGGUGACAUUUUUGGUUGUCUCUCCUGAAUGUCAACAAACUUUUUGAUCUAAGGCCCCCAGUCUCUGUCAGAGCUGAAGGCCCCCCACCCUGGGAGUUUCUCACCACAUAACACCUCAGAUGGGACAAAGAAUUAUUUUGUGCACAGCAGGCGAAGUUUGCAGCUGGAACACACCUGCAGUGUCAUGUUUCUCUGUCCUGCUCUCUCUGUCCUCGUCAUCUUUUCUCUCUCAUCUCCAAAGUUGAGCCUUGUGGUGAAGCCGUCACACACCCAGGUGAAAACGCGGCUCUCGUCAUGCAAAAGUUUUAAUUUUUCCAGCGCCACUCAAAGAUUUGAACACAAACUGAGGUGACUGGACCAGCACGGUGAAGGAGACGUGGACGUCGGUUGUGUAUUGUACAUAUGAAUUGCUGCUGCCUUCUUAUGAACUGUUGGUUCUGUCUGUGUUAAUGACUCUAAUGUUUACAUGAACCACUAUCAGGGACUUGAACAAGAUUACUUGAAUAUGAUGCCAUUGAAACAUGCCAUAGCUUUUAUUUAUGAUUUAUCCCCCCUCCUCCUUGUUCUUAAUUUUUUAAAAUUCAUUUUGUUUGCAAUAGUUUAGCUUUUUGUACCAACUUAGAAACACCCCGUGGAUUAAUUAGUUUUUUUUUGUACCUGUUCACAGAAACUGUAAGCUGUAAAACUCAGGUUUUAAGGCUGAAACUUAGCAGCCUUUCCAUUAUUCUGUGCUAUUAUGCUUUAAAGUAGAUGCUAAUGCAGCAUCUGUGGGGUCUGAACACCCCCUUCCUCAUCACUGCACCAAACUCUUCUUGCAACUGAGUCAGUAAAUGCAUGAAACGGUCUGUUUGCAUCAUGGUGAACAACCUCUUGGUCACUGGUUUCACACACAGACAUCUGUAGCUAGUCAUCUGUAAUUGUAUCCAAGAUUUCUAAAGCUGCAAUUCCAAAUCUGUCCACUUCCUGUUAAAUUAUAAAUGCAUCCAGAUUCCCAGUGCCAUUUGCCUAGUGGUUGCCAUAGUGAUAACUUGUGAAUCACCAUGGACCCCAACUUGUGGGAUGUCGUUGACCCAGUUGUGACUGAAUGUUGGCUGCAUCUAACAAUUAUAUUCAUUGACGAUUAAUCUCUCGGUUAAUUGUGUCAUCUAUCAUUUCUGAAGGUAAUGAAAAAUACUCAGAAAUUAACCAGUCAACACUAAAAAAUGCAAAGAUACUUCAUUUACUAUCAUUUUUGACAAAGAAGAGCAUGAGAUUUUCACAUUAGAGAAGUGGGAACUAGGAGAUGUGGUGUUUUUGCUUGGAAAAAAAAAGACUGAAAUGAUUGCCGUUUUAAAAAUAGUUGAUCCCUUUUCUGUCAGUUGACUUAUCAGUUAAUCAUUCUAGCCCUAAACUCAAUUGAAUCCGAUGGCUUGAGUGAUCUUGUUCUGUAAAAAAUUUUAGACUUUUGAUGUUCUGGUUGCAGACCUUACUUAAACAGUCUGGUUAAAACAUUUCAACUUUUUUUUUUGUUUUACUGUGGACACUGGACAUCUUACUGUGUUUCUGCCUUAUCCUCAGCUGCUGCCAUGCUUCAUGGUUUCUCAGAUAAAACUAAAUGAAGCCUUCUGACAGACUAAUGAAUUGCCAAAUCUCAUACAGCUGUUUGUUUUCCAGCCACUUAAAAGAACGUGUUAAUGUGCUUUUGAGUGAUAUGAAUGAUGACACUAUGCCUUUGUUUUACUCAUGUUUCAGUUUUGUUAUUUUUGCUAUUUCUUUUUCAUUGUAUACUUAGUUACAUUUUUUGUGAUUGUCCUGGUGAAUGCUGUUGGUAUAAAUUAGAUUUUUUUUUUCUUAGAAUUGAACUUGCUGUUUUCAUCAUAAAUCAGAAGCAACUUCUCACUGAGGUGUCAAAGGUGCAAUAUGUUUUUAUUUUUCUGUUUAAACUGGCCACAGCCAUCACUGUCUCGUGUUACACCACUGGUUCAUCCUUUUGUAACUUAUUUUUGAUAAUUGUGUGAGUUGACUUUCUGUAGCUUGGUUUCUACUAGAGGUCAGUGGGCUAUGAACACAAUGAAUAUGUUGCAUAUUGCAGCCACCUCCUUUUGGACAAUAUUACCAAAUGAUUUUGUCUCUUAGCUAGAGUUUUACUGUGUGUUUUCCUCUCUUGUGCAAGGUGCUGAUGUCACUCACACCAAACAACACGUCUAAUGUGAUAGUAAUGAAGUGACACCACAAACUUCCAAUUUUCUAUUUUUAUAAUAUUUUGUACCAGUCUGUAGUCUCGGUUUAUGUGACACUGAUUGAUAAAAUGAAAUAUUUUAUCAUAAUGUGCCAUGGAAAAAUAAACACAAGUGAAGUGAGUUUCUGAGGGGUGUGUUUUUUCUGAAUAAGCAUGACUGAAGCAUCUGCAGUUUUACAGGGAAGACAACGUAGCUCAGCAGGUUUUAUAAACAGUCCUCCAGCCGUGGCCCCAUGUUGUCAAUGCAGCUAAUCAUUCAUUAGAACAGUAG